CCAGCUAUACAAACACUCACCAGCACACAUGAAUACACAUGGUUGACACUGCCAGACUGCUUGACCUCUGGACUGUAUCCUUCUUAGAGGACUGAGCAUCCCUUUGCAUACAUCCCUCUCCCUCUCUUUCUUACACGCACUUGUUCUCUCCCUAACUUCUACUAAACAAAGUGGGUAUGGGGCAGGCCUCAUUCAGAGGUGCCUUGAGCUGUGCCCUGCUAGCCUUUAUGUUGGGAGGAAGUGUAGAUCUGGGGGCUUUGCCAGUCGGAUUUUAUCCCCGCUUCACACCUUUUUUCUUCCUGUGCACCCAUCGUGGAGAAGUGGAGCAAACCGGGCUAGCUGAGGGUGGGGGAGAGAUGCUGCUUACCUUACAGAUUUCCAACAACCCAACAGCCUACAUCCCGGGACAAGAGUAUCAAGUGACAAUCUCUACUAGUUCAUUCUUCGAUGGCUUGCUAGUCACUGGUCUUUACACCUCCACCACUGUCCAAGCAGUACACGUCGAUCCUCCUGCUUCUCCUGGAUUUGGAGUGAUCUCAGAGCAGCAGUUUGGGACUCAAUUUGUUUGUAGUGUGGUGGCAUCUCAUGUCAGUCUCCUGCCUACUACCAGUUUCAGAUUUGUGUGGAUCGCUCCACCACCUGGCACAGGCUGCAUAAACUUCUUGGCUACAGCUAUGCAUCAUGGACAGAUAAUUUUUAAGGACACUCUGGCCAAGCAGUUGUGUGAGCUGGAAGCUCCCACUGACCCUCCACUGCAGCCUAGUUUAGCUGAAAUACAUGGAAUCCAUGCAGUGCUUCGUGAUGAUUUUGACUCUAAUCUACAAGGAGCACUAGAUGGCAGAAUCUGGUCAAACUGUAGUAACUGUGUGGUGGGGGAGCAGUGUGGCGUGCUCUUGUAUGGUAAAGCAGUCACUUUCUGUGAACCUUUUGGGGAAAGAGAACUGAUAACAGUGGCUCUUAAUACAAGCACUGCUUCAGUACUUCAUUUUUCACUUGGCUCUGGAUCCUGCCAUUUUAGUUAUUCCGAUCCCAGCAUAACUGUCUCCUAUAGACUGAGAAAUUCAAGUGUCUGGACCACCUUGGAAAAGAUAAGAGCUCCCACAAAUAGCAGCACAGUAGUACAUCUACUUACAGUGCCACCAAGCUUCAAGGAAGAGGCUGUGCACCUGAGGUGGUCCCAGGAGGCUGCAUUGGGGCCUAAUGGCUAUGAAUCUUGCUGGGGAUUGGAUAACAUACUGCUGGCCAACAUGGACCACAGACCCACACUACUGGAGGAUAACCUUGAUCCUCCUGAUACUGCCAACUGGAUAUUUUUCCCUGGAGCAAUUAUAAAGCAUGCCUGUCACUCAGAUGGGAGCUCCAUGUAUUUCCAUGGUAGAAAGGGAGUGGGGCAUAGCUUUGCCUCAACCAGGGACAUUGAUCUUCACCGAGGAGAAGGACACCACUAUUGGAAGGAGGACUUUGAGAGCCCACCUAAAGGCUGGAACAUUGCCGGAGCAGUUUAUGGAACUUACUGUGGAGAAAUUGAGUCAGGCUCUGCACUAGUAUUCCUUGGGUUUGGAAAAAGAAAAGUGUGUACCCCAUACCUGGACACAACCAUUUAUGGAAAUUUGCGCUUCCACUUCACUAUGGGUGCUGGUGAAUGCGAUCCAGGGGAGUCACAUGACAAUGAUGUUAUCCUUUUUGGUCGGUCAGAAGGUGGAAGAGAACAUGUUCUGUUAGACACACUUCCAUAUUCAGCCUACAGGACUCCUAGUGUGGUGUCAGUCGCUUUGCCUACAGAGCUUCAGACUCCUGUGACUCAGUUCUGUCUGGAGCAGAGGUUUCAUGCAGGAGCAAAUCGUCAUGUCUGGGCACUGGAUUGCCUACAGCUUCUGCCAGUGAUGCCUGCUGCCUACACACACAUGGCCCAGUUUUCUAUUAAUAUUGGAUGUGGCUCCUAUCAGCUUACUAACAGCAUCAAUUUGGAGUUCUCAACCAAUCAUGGUCGAUCCUGGUCUCUUUUGUACAUGGAGUGUCUACCCGAGUUAUGUUCUGGACCACAUCAUCCCCACAGCACAGUCUACUCAUCUGAGAACUACAGUGGAUGGACAAGGAUUUCCAUCCCUCUUCCCAAUGCUGCCCUCACAGAGAACACUCAGUUUCGUUGGAUACAGACUGGAAUUGGAAUUGGCAAUAUGUGGGCCAUCGACAAUGUAUAUAUCGGGCCAGCCUGUCUGCGUUUUUGCUCAGGGAGAGGACAAUGCUCACGCAGUGGAUGCAAGUGUGACCCGGGUUUCAGUGGGCAAUCUUGUGAGCUAGCGACUCAGAAUUUCCCUGCGUUUCUGUCAGAGGGGUUUUCUAAUCCAAGACUCUCAUCUUACCACAGCUUCUCCUCUCUGCAUGGGGCAGAGGUCAGCUUUGCUUGUGGGGUUUUAGCCAGUGGGAAGGCCUUGGUUUUCAACAAAGACAGCAGGAGACAUUUGGUUACUGCUCCGCUAGAUGGCUCUCAGGCCAGGUACCUGCAAUUCACUCUGAGGCUGGGCAGCCGUAGCACCUUAAGUUCCUGUCCUCCACCAGAUCAGCCAGGGGAGGGAUUGUUGCUCCAUUACUCAUUUGAUAAUGGCAUCACCUGGAGCCUGCUGCAGCAUUACUCUUAUGAAGGCUUUCAUGAGCCCAGGAUUGUAUCAGUAGAGCUCCCACCUGGUGCACAGAAGUUUGGGGUACAGUUCCGCUGGUGGCAGCCACACCACUCGGGCAGUGGGCAGGAUGUUUGGGCACUAGAUGAGAUCAGCAUGACGUCGGUGCUCUUUAACACCAUCAGUCUGGACUUCAGCAAUGUGUUGGAUGUCACCCAAAAUCUGGGGUUCUACUUGGGACGUGUGCAGCCCUACUGCCAGCAUGAUUGGACUCUCUGUUUCUCUGGGGAAACUACUCUUGGCUCCAGUAUUCGCUAUGUGGAGACUCAAUCUAUGCAGAUCGGCGCCUCCUAUACAUUACAGUUCUCCAUGAUAAUGGGCUGUGGUCGCAAUCCUUCCCCUCAUAUUGACACACAGGUUCGACUGGAGUUCUCUACCAAUCACGGUUUAACCUGGCACCUAGUUAGAGAGGUAUGUCUUCCAGGAAUGCCUAGUUGUCCUGAGUUUACUGCACCUAGUGUCUACCAUCCUUCUGAGUUCAUUAAUUGGAAAAGGAUUACCAUUCCUCUACAUCAAAAAAUAUGGUCUAGUGCCACGCGAUUUCGCUGGAUCCAAAACUUCUAUGGUGAGCAAGAUGAGUGGGCCUUAGACAAUAUCUACAUUGGGCAACAGUGUCCAAUAAUGUGCUAUGGACAUGGCUGGUGUGACCAUGGUCACUGCAGGUGUGAUGAUGGCUUUUUUGGUACAGAAUGCCAGCCUACCUCAACACUGUCAUCCAGUUUAUUGUCAGAUUUUGAGUCCCUGACAGCCCUAAGGACCACAUGGCAGGAGGUUAUUGGUGGGCAGGUGGUGACCCCUGACCAGGGUUGUGGUGUUGUGUCAUCUGGAUCUUCUUUGUAUUUUAGCGAGGCAGGACUGAGACAGCUAGUGAGCUUCAAUCUGGACACAGAAUGGGCAGAGUUUGUGCAAUUCUACUUGCGUGUGGGUGGUGACAGGGUGGAGUGCAACCAACCUGACAGCAGGGAGGAGGGAGUGCUUCUACAGUACAGUAACAAUGGUGGCAUUAGCUGGGGUCUAAUUGCAGAACUGUACUUCACUGACUUUACGAAGCCUCGGUUUGUCCAUUAUGAGCUACCUCUGGCUGCUAAGACACCAUGUACGCAGUUCCGCUGGUGGCAGCCCCUUCAUUCGGGUGAGGGUUAUGACCAAUGGGCUAUUGAUGAUGUCAUCAUUCUCUCUGAGAGGGAGAAGCAUGUCAUUCCAAUUGCUAAUCCUACUCUUCCUCAGAACUUUUAUGAGAAGCCAGCCUUUGAUUACCCACUAAACCAAAUGAGUGUCUGGCUGAUGCUGGGUAAUGAAGGAAUGGACAAGGAAAGAAAUGGUAGUUUUUGUGCCCCCAUACCUUCUGCCAUGGUAUUUGGAAGAUCAGAUGGGGAUAGAGUUGCUGUGACCCGAGACAUAGCCCUCAGACCUGGCUACACAUUGCAGUUUAAGUUGAACAUUGGCUGCAAAUCAGAGUUCAGUUCAACGGCGCCUGUAAAGCUCCAGUAUUCCCAUGAUGCCGGGCGCACAUGGGCUCUGGUCCAGGAGGGCUGUUUCCCAGGCUUCAAUGGAAUAGCAAACUGUAAAGGCAGAGGCCUUGAGUUUACAGAGCCUACUGUGUUCAAUACUGGAGACUAUGAGCGUUGGACAAGAGUUACAGUUGUAAUUCCACGCAAUGUGGCUGCAAGUAAGACACGUUUUCGCUGGAUCCAAGAAAGCAGUGUUCACCAGGAUGCUAGUGCAUUUGCUCUAGACAGUGUUUACAUUUCUGAUCCUUGCCCUAAUUAUUGUGGGGGUCAUGGGGACUGCAUAUCAGGAGUAUGCUUCUGUGACAUGGGGAUGGAAGUGGAACAGGAUAGCUGUGUGCCCUCUGUGCCAAGCCCUACUGAGCUAAUCGAGGACUUUGAAGGAAAAUUAAGUCCUCUCUGGGAAGGAAUUAGAGGGGCUCAGAUAGGGGAUGGUUGUGGAACCAUCAAUGAGGGAAAUGCUCUAUACUUUGGUGGUUCUGGGCGGCGAGAGGCUCGCACUGUGCCAAUGGACACCACCAGCACUCGGCUUGUUCAAUUCUACAUUCGGAUUGGUGGGAAGAACAUGGGCCCAGCAUGCACUAGGCCUCACUCUUGGAAUGAAGGGGUGAUUGUGCAGUACUCCACUAAUAAUGGGGUACAGUGGGAAUUCUUGCGUGAGUUAGAAUUUGACCUAUUUCUAGAACCACAAUUGGUGACCAUUGAACUACCUUCUCAAGCAAAGGCACCUUACACUGUGUUCCGCUGGUGGCAACCUGAGCAAGGAAAACACACAGCCCAAUGGGCACUUGAUGACGUACUGAUUGGUAUGAAUGAUAGCUCCAGAAGUGGCUUUCAUGACAAGUUUGAUGGUUCAUCACCCUUAAGGCACAACUGGUUCAGGGUAGUUGGAGGACAGGUGACAGUUGAUUGUCUGUCCAUGGACACAGCCCUGAUUUUCCACUCUGAUUUAGAAAACAAGAAUCUCCGCUAUGCUGAAAGUUGGGACUUUGAGGUGUCGGCUUCCUCAUUUCUGCAGUUUGAUCUAAGUAUGGGCUGCAGUAAAGCUGUGACACCAACCCAUGGUGUCCACCUGGAGUUUUCUACAGACUGUGGACACCAGUGGACAUUGGUUACACCUGAGUGUGUACCACCUGCAAUUGGAUGUAGUAGAUAUACUCAGAGCUCCAUCUAUAGUACUCCCCAGUUCUCCCAGUGGAGGAGGGUCACUGUUUAUCUGCCCAGUGCUGCCAAUUCUCCUAGAACAAGGUUCCGCUGGAUCCAGCCUCACUUCUAUCCUGGAGCAGAUACCUGGGCUCUUGACAAUGUAGUACUUGCAUCCGGCUGCUCCUGGAUGUGCUCAGGGCAUGGCCUAUGUGACAAUGGACACUGCAUAUGUGACAGGGAUUAUGGUGGGAUACACUGUGUGCCCAUGGCUCCUCUUCCAUUUGGCCUUAGGGAAGACUUCAAUGAGAAUCUGGAUCCAGAGAUUUGGCCUGAGCUAUAUGGAGCAGAACGUGGCUUGUUGAGUGGAGAGCCUCUUAAAUCAGGCACUGCUCUCAUUUUUAAAGGGGAAGGAUUGCGCAUGCUGGUUUCACAGGAUCUGGACUGCACCAGCAGUCUGUACAUCCAGUUUUCAUUUAAAUUUAUCGCAAAGGGAAUCCCAGAACGUUCUCACUCCAUCUUGCUGCAAUAUUCAGUGAAUGGAGGAAUUAUCUGGCUACUGCUGCAUGAGCUCUACUUUUCUUCCUCCACUGACACUGUACUUCUGCAUCUGCCUCUUCCUUCAAGUGCUCAGACUAAUGCUACACGCUUCAGAUUGUGGCAGCCUUACAAUAAUGGCAAAAAGGAGGAGGUGUGGGUCAUUGAUGAUCUUAUCAUUGAUGGCCACUCUUUGAACAGUUUUCCAGUUCUCUCAGAGAGUUUUGACAUUGAGCCUCAGGAUUCCAACUGGUUGUUCUACCCAGGGGGCAAAAUUGACAGCUACUGUCUUUACCAGAAAUUAGGACUAGAAUAUGAAUCAUCCUUGGUAUUUAUGUCUAGUGAAUUGGGAGAACAUUCCAUCACCACUAGAAAUAUUGAUGUCAAUGAGAACACUGUUCUUCAGUUUGAGAUAAAUGUGGGCUGUACAGCAAUAAGCUCUUCAUUAAAUUCUGUGCGUCUGGAGUUCUCCCACAACUUUGGGGCCACAUGGCACCUUUUAGUUCCUUUGUGCACAGGUAGUCCAAUACCCAACACUCUUUGCUCAAAUGAGCUCCAUCCAGCCAGCAUAUACUUCCCGGGAACACUUCAGGGCUGGAGGAGGGAAAUGAUUCAUGUUGGUAAACUGCAUCUAUGUGGAUCUAUACAGUUUCGUUGGUACCAGGGAUUCUAUUUGGCUGGCAUGACACCUCCAACCUGGGCCUUGGACAAUGUUUAUAUUGGUCCUCCAUGUCAAGAUAUGUGUAGCAGCCAUGGGACAUGUAUGAAGGGCACUUACUGCAAGUGUGACAAUGGUUAUUCUGGCCCAAAUUGCUCUGUUGCAGAUGUGCCAAAUCCAGACUUCCUGAAAGCAGACUUUGAAGAUGAUACUUCAGAAGCCAGGAAUUUCAAACUGGUUAGUGGCGGAAAGCCCUCUAGGAAAUGUGGCAUCAUGGCUAGUGGAAACCACCUGUUUUUCAAUGAGGAUGGAUUGCGCAUGUUAGAAACCAUAGACAUGGAUCUGUCUAAUGCCAGGUUUGUACAGUUUUUUUUGCGUUUGGGCUGUGGAAAAGCUUCCCCUGACACACGUUCCCAGCCUGUGCUGCUGCAAUUCUCAGUGAAUGGAGGAAUAUCCUGGAACCUCCUACAGAAAUUCUUCUACACUAAUAGCAGCAAUCAAGCUGAGCUUAUUGCUCUAGAGAUUCCACUGCAAGCCCGCACCACUGACACUCGCCUACGUUGGUGGCAGCCAUAUGAAAAUGAUUAUGUCCACAGUCCCUGGGUCAUUGAUAAGGUGGUGGUAGGUGGCAGUGCAAGUGGCUGGGGCCCUCUAGAGGAUAACUUCUCCACCACAGAUGAACGUUUGUGGCUUCUUCAUCCAGGUGGCACACGUAUGCCUGUGUGUGGCUCAGAAGGCAAUGCCUUUGCUUUUAUUGAAAAGUCUAACACUCGCUAUGCUGUCACCACUGAUAUCAGUGUAGGUCAGGAUGCCUUGAUCCAAUUUGAUUUCUCUGCUUCCUGCUCGGUCACAUCCUCCUGCUAUUCAGUCGAAUUGGAGUACUCAAUUGAUCUUGGACUUACUUGGAAACCUCUAUUAAGAGACUGUUUACCCACAAAUCCAGACUGCUCCUCCUAUACACUUCAAAGAAUAUUGGUGUCAGACACCUACAACAAAUGGGGCAGAGUUACCUUACCCAUCCCAGCCUAUGCCAGGUCUCAAGCCACACGAUUCAGAUGGCAUCAGCAAGCUCCAUUUGAUAAGCAGCAAACUUGGGCUUUGGACAAUGUCUACAUUGGAGAUGGCUGUCCUGAAAUGUGCUCUGGUCAUGGUCACUGCAAGCAGAAUUCCUGUGUUUGUGACCCAGAAUGGGAUGGUGAGUAUUGUGAUGAAGCGAUAGUGCCCCUCCUGUCCCAGGUAAAGGACAGCUUUAGUCGUUCACCCUUCCCCAAUCAUUGGCGUCUAUUAACUGGUGGAAAACUAAGUACAGUGUGUGGAGCUGUAGCAUCAGGUAGAGCACUGCACUUUAGUGGGCUUUGCUCUCGUCAGCUGGUAACUGUGGAUUUGAAUUUGACCAGCGCUGAAUUUGUACAGUUCUACUUUAUGUAUGGCUGCAUGGCACCCCCUAUCAACCGGAACCAAUGUGUUUUACUGGAGUUCAGCUUGACUGGAGGCAUAAGCUGGAGUUUACUGACUGAGAUAAACUAUGAUCAAUACAGCAAGCCAGGGUUUGUAAAUGUGCUGUUGCCUGCUAAUGCCCAAACUGUAGGAGUGCAGCUCCGCUGGUGGCAGCCACAGCAUGAUGGAGCAGACCGUGCAGACUGGGCAAUAGAUAAUGUCCUAAUUUCUGGCUCAGAUACACAUGUUCAGAUCUCAGACACAUUUGGUGCAUUUGCACUAUCCAGUCAUGAGAGAUCUCCAUCUGAUGAAAUGCUGUUUGACCACAUUAGCACAGUAAGCCAAGAUGAAAUGAGCAGCAACAAAAGAGUAAGUGACUACUGGCUCUUCUCAGAAGAUUGCAAUGUACAACAAUUUUGCCUAUUCCCAGACGAGGUAAUGGUAUGUGGCAAAGCGGAUGGCCAAGAGGUAUAUGCUGUUACACAUGACAUCAUCCCAGUCAAAGGCUGGGUCAUGCAGUUUAAGAUUGCUGUUGGUUGUAAUGUGCCAGAGAGACAUGCUGAAAGGCAUGUCCAUGUCCAGUAUUCAGUAGACUUUGGAGUCUCAUGGAAGUACCUGGUCCCACAGUGCCUUCCAUCUGACCCUCACUGUGGAGGACAAGUGUCCCAGCCCUCUGUUUUCUUUCCUGCAAAAGGCUGGAAGAGAGCUGUUUAUCCUCUGCCUGACAGCCUUACAGACAUACCUGUGCGGUUCCGGUUCUACCAGCAACAUUCAGACACACAAUGGGCAGUAAGUAAUAUUUACAUUGGACCUGCAUGUGAGAACCACUGUGGAGGUCAUGGUGACUGUCUAGAUAGACGCUGCAUCUGUGACCCAGGAUUUUCUGGACAGAACUGCUAUGCUAAUUCAGUUUUGAAGGGAACCCUAAAGGAGCGUUUUGAAUGGGAGGGAUCCCAUGGUUUACAGUGGCAAAUUUUGGAGGGAGGUCAUCCAUGCACGGACUGCAGAGCACUGGUUGAGGGAAAAGCCCUGUAUUUUAGUGGUGCUAAUACUAGGCAGGCUGUUACCAGUGACCUUGAUCUACGUGGAGCCAAGUUUGUGGAGUACUGGAUCAGAAUUGGGAGUGAAGAAAAUAUGACUAUAUGCCAUUAUCGCUCUUGUAGAAAAGAGGUUGUACUAUUGGAUUAUUCCUCUGAUGGAGGUAUAUCAUGGACACUCCUUCAUGAGAUGGAUUUUUUGAAGUAUUUGACAAUAAGGAGAGAUUACAUCAUGUUGCCAGAGGGAGCUCUUACCAAUGCUACACGCCUGCGUUGGUGGCAACCAUAUAAGGUGUCUUCAGCUUUGGUAACCCCCAAUCUUGACCGUGCUCAGUGGGCUCUAGAUAACAUUCUGAUAGGGGGCUCUGAAAUCAACCCCAGCAUGCUCCUGGAUACCUUUGAUGAAGAGGGUUUAUCUCAUGAAGAAAACUGGAGCUUCUAUCCAAAUGCUGUGCGAAUAGCUGGGUUUUGUGGCAAUCCUUCCUUCCACCUCUACUGGCCCAACAAAAAACAGGACGGAACCUUCAACAUCUUGUCAACUCGGGAGCUAAUUGUCCAACCAGGAUACAUCUUGCAGUUCAAGAUUGUGGUAGGUUGUGAAACAGGAAGCUGUGAAGCUCAUCAUCCAGUGCUUCUACAAUACAGAAAAGAUGCCAGGUCAGACCUUUGGCACUUGGUACAGGCUGCCUGCCUCCCCUCUUCAAUGAAUAAUGUGGGAUGUUCCCCUUUUGAGUUCCAUGAGUCCAGCAUCUACAGCCCAGUUAACAGCUUGGUUUGGACCAGAGUUACUUUGCAGCUACCUGACCAUGUCUCUUCUGGUGCAACACAAUUUCGCUGGAUUCAGAAAGAGGAAUCUGGUGACCGACAUGCCUGGGGAGUUGAUAAUGUCUAUAUUGGCGAAGCAUGUCCAGGUCUUUGCAGUGGACAUGGAUACUGCACUACUGGAGCGACCUGCCUUUGUGAUGAAGGGCACUAUGGAGAUGAUUGUGCCCUGUGGAGCAGUGAACUUCCUAACUCUAUCAAGGACAAUUUUGAGUCUGCAUCUGAGGACAGCUGGAGUGUCAUUCAGGGUGGAGCUGUUAGCAACGGCUGUGGCCAGCUUUCCCCACAUGCCCAUGGGGACUCCCUAUAUUUUAAUGGCUGCAAAAUGAGACAGGCCAUAUCCAAACCUUUGGACCUAUCCAGAGCCAGCAAGAUCAUGUUUGUGCUGCAGAUUGGGAGCAUGUCACAGACAGCCAGCUGUAACUCGGCAUUAAACCAGGCUGACACUGCUGACCGGGCUGUGCUGAUCCAAUAUACGGUCAACAGUGGAAUCAGCUGGCAUAUAAUUGCCCAGCACCAGAAUAAAGACUUCAUCAAAGCCCAGAGAGUCUCCUAUAAUAUCCCCCUUGAAGCCCGUGUGAAAGGAGUGCAGUUGCGAUGGUGGCAGCCACGUCAUGGGGGUACAGGGAAAGACCAAUGGGCUUUGGACAAUGUGGAAGUUGUUCUUGCCAGCUCCCGUAAACAAAACUACAUGAUGAACUCUGCCAAACAGUCUGGUCUACACCACUACUAUAACCGGAAGAGGAGAGCAUUACUACACUUCACCUACUAGAAAGUAGUCACACGUUAAAUGCAGAAACUUACAUUCACUGAAUACACUAGACCAAGUACUGACAAAGUCAAAAUAACUUUACAUUCCAUGAGCGCACAUGUUUUAUAAUUAAAGGUAUUGCAAUGAUAUGGACAAGGCCUGUCUCAAGAAGCAGAAUUUCACACACAUCUGUUUCCAUUUGUCAAAAAAUGCACUUUUAUCUUAAAUCCUGUAGCAUAUAAAAGCUAAUGCUUUACCAGGUUUGCUUGACUCACUUGACUCACAUAUAGAUGCAAGUGCUGAUCUGGUGGGUCCAAACUACAUGCAAAUAGUGUCCCCAGUUGCCAACUCUUGAUAAGUUUAUAUAGAACAAUAAAAAAAAAACUGAAAUCAAGACUUGGGACUAUAUCUCAAACAUGGGUAAAGGUGGCCAUGUUUUAAAGGUAUUCACAAAUUUGCAUGAUUUGAAAAAAGAAACAACAAAAGGAAUUUUAUGUCGUAUGAUAAAGUUUCAAAUGCAUGCCAAAUGAUUGGCCAACUUACAGGUGCUAGGCUGUAAUUCAUGACUGCCUUUAUGGAUUUAUUAUUUAUAAACUCAUACUAGGAUUUCUGAACAAUCUUAACAAAGUUGGUGUCAGAAUGAAGUUAACAGUAGAUUUGUACCUGAUGAUUUUGGGAAUCUAUGCAAGCAAUGAGUUAUAUCUGUUAACAAUAGAUAAUGUUUAACCUGUCAAAUACUUGCUGUAAGCUGUUUGGCCAACAGCUUAAGUAUACAGGUCAAUAUUAAACAAACACUUGUAGAGAUGUAGUAUACCAAUUUAUACUUGUAGAGACGUAGUACCAACUUUAGCCUCAUCAGGUAUACAGUUCUUUUGAAAUAGUUAUGUGAAUUUAGCUCAGCACAUUGACAUCACAUGACCUCAAAGAUCCCAAUUAAUUCCAAGCCAGGUAGAGCAAUAAUAAGACAACAGAUCAAGGUCCAAGCCAUAGAGAUUUCGCAAACUUUUUGGUAUCAGUGCUCAAUUUCAAUUGACCAUUAAAUCUGAUUGACUUAGGAUGUCAAUCCAUGUUAUUUUAAGUAAUUAGGUCAUUAUCAAAACUCUAUAUACUCAUGGCUGCUGAUGUUAGUUAAAGCCUUUGGGAACUUCAACACCUUCAAUUUUCUACUUAAAUAUCCCUUUUAACUCCCACAUCAUAGACAAGUGGUAGCCAUGAAAAGUCUAUUUUUUAUACUUACUAAGGCUCACCAGGUUUGUGAAGACUGCCCAAGAAUCCUAGGAUUUGUUUAUGAAGAAAAUAUGUACAAUUUUAUAAAUAACAGCAACAUUAAUGGAGUUGUCUAAUCAUGCAAUCUUAUAGCACCAUCACAAUGCAAAAAACCUGCAAAUACAUGUCAAAUUCAGUAAAUGUUCACAAUAGGGAAAAUCAGAACGGUGAAAAAUGUGAUCCCAGUGAAUUUAACCAUGCCAUGGUUGUUGGUAGCAGAUGCACCAGUUUGAAUAUUUCAGAAACUGCUGAUUUGCUGGGAAUUUCACAUACAGUAUACAAUGAAAUCGAAUGGUGUAAACAGAAUGGUGUGAGCUUGAUCUGUGAUCUUGAUCUGACAUAUUCUGCACUCCAGAAAAAAAAAGAAAAUGAAUUAUUGUAAAUAAUUGUCUCAACUGUCCCAUACCCUUCUCUAUUUAUCAAAAUAAUUUCCACAGUUUUCAAAGACAGACAAUGUUAUGGAGAUUUAAGCCUUUUUUAGCAAGAAUAUUUGUUUUGUUUUUUGGCUAGAAUAUAAAGUUUUUUAUUUUUUAAACUAUACUACUUAUUGCAUUCAUUCCACUACCUAAGUAGUGGCUCGGACACUAUUUUGUCUCCAUCACCUCAGUUCUAUUUGAACACAAUAUAAUUAAUUUUAGCCAUAUAUUUAUCUAUAUAAAUGCAAGCUGAAGGAGAUAAACUGAUUAUUAAGUCAGCUGUGAUUAUUUAUUUAUUUAUUUAUUUAUUUAUUUAUUUAGAUGGGUAGUCAAAAUGCAGGCUACAUUAAAUAUGCUUCAUGAGACAGGCCUCCUUGAAUCCUCACUCUUACAUCCUUUAUGGAUGCACUAAUUCAUAAAACCUACUCAGAAGAAUCAAAAAAGUAGAAGAUGACAAUUUCUAGAUAAUGUCAAUAAAGAAUACAAUAAUAAGCAAUGGAAACAAAUGAAUGAAUUGAAUGACACUCAGUAACUUAAUUCCAUGCCUUAAAAUGACCACUUAAGUUGUUGUUAAUAAAGUUGAGUAGAAUCUUGUCUAGGCUAAAACAAAAAUUUUAGCAUGUGAUGCAAAUAUGUACUAAUGUUUUUGCUUAGGUUAAUUCAUUGUAUAGUCAUAAUCUCUGUUUUGUAUAUGUAGAUCUGUUAUAGAGUUCAUUGGGCUAGGCACAUGUCAUCAAAGUAUAUAUACUUUAAGUCAGAAGGACAUCUCAUUUGACAAAUAUGGUUGUGCCUGAUUCCUCAUGUCUUUGCUUCCUUUGCUACAUUUUUUCCUUAAUUCCUCAGAGGGAGGAUAUUUGAAGCAAGAAAAAGAAACAUUAAGGUGCAAUAUCUAGUAAUAAACUAAAUUCAUUCCAUUAAGGUAUUUAUCACACUGUGAUGCUCUACCUGAUCAGUGAUGGUCAUCAUGAUUUGUGUUUAUAAUGGAUGUACUGUAGUGGACUACAAGUGAGCCUAUGCAGAGAGGAAAUUAAGUAAAUAAUGUAAAUAAUGAUGCAUAACAGUGAUUAUGACUUUGCUGUUUUGUGUUUAUGAAUUGUAUUUGUGAUGAUUUGAUGUGUGGUGCUCUGUUCAUGUGUUUUGUAUCAAUAUUAUGAUCAUUUUAUUUUGUGAUGUGUAUUUGAAUGUAAAGGAAGAAAAUUAGUCCACAAAACUCAUAUUUAUUGUAAAUGGUGCUCCAUGUAACUUAUAUAAAAUGCACACUGUAAGCACUGCAUAUCUAUGGUAUAUUAUUGUUUUAAGAGAAAACUACCCUACCCACCAUAACCCCUUGCAAUGUCCUCCCACUCUAUAACUGUUCCUACUGAGAAUCAUAUUAGGUCAGAACUGAGGAUAAAGCAGCAGACUGCUCCCACGAACACAUACCACUGUGUAAAAAGUACA